UUGUUGUUUUCUUUUUCGUUUGCAAAACAAAUUAAUUAAAUACACAUUCACUCGAAUUCACAAUUUAUGUAGAAAAAAAAAAAAAGUAAAAUAAAAUUAAGAAGACAACAAACAGCCGAUUUAUCAUAGUUUUUCUCCAUUGUAAAUAUAUAACAAUUGCAAUUGUGGUAGCCCAUUGAACUAAAUAAAAGAAAAAAUUGUUUUGAUUUUACAGAGAAAACACCGUUUUUUAGGGGUGUUAGAUAGACAAAAAAAAUAAGGCAAGUAAAAUGCUAAAGGGAAAAGACACAGUAUCUUUUGAGGAUCACUGGCCUGCUUUGCGACCGACAGUAUUAAAAUUAUUGAAACAGGAAUCCGUCUCGAAAGCAGAAUGGCAGGAUUUAUUUUACGGUGUGCAUUUAAUAUGCCUUUGGGUUGAUAAAGGCGGUUCAAAAAUCUACGAUAGCCUAAAUGAAGACAUUCUAGCAUACAUAAAACAAGCUCAAGUCAAUAUAAUGGCACAGCGUGAAGAACAAGCUCUCAUAAAUGCAUACAUUAUUGAAUGGCGAAAAUUUUUCACGCAAAGCAAUUAUCUGCCGUCACCAUUUCGUCAAUUGGAGUUAAGCAAACAACAAAUUUCAAACAAUAAUCAAGGUUCAAGUAAUAGCUCGAAUUCAACAAUUGCAUCUGGUGCGGCGGCCGCAUCAUCAUCGUCAGCAAAUAAUGCGAAUAGCACGAGUGGCAGUAAUUCAGCACAAAAGAAUUCAUCGCAUGGUGAAACAUUGGUGCGUGAACUUAUGCUGAAUUUAUGGAAUGAAGGCAUUUUCAAAGACAUCACCUACCGUUUACAAGAAUCGGCAAUGAAACUUGUUCAGGCUGAACGUAUCGGUGAUGCAUUCGAUUCACAACUUGUGAUUGGUGUACGUGAUAGUUAUGUUAAUUUAUGCUCAAAUCAAGACGACAGACUGAUGAUUUAUCGCGAAAAUUUUGAAGCUGCAUACAUUAAAACAACGGCCGAUUUUUAUCGUUUAAAAGCUCACGAACAAUUGCAAGCGCAUGGUGUACAAGCAUUUAUGAGGUAUGCCGACACCAAAUUGCGUGAGGAAGAAGCCCGUGCCCAACGUUAUUUGGAACCGAGCAGUUUUGAUGGUUUGAAGGCGGCUUGUGUAUCGGUUUUGGUGAAAGAUCCACUGGCAACACUGUUGGCCGAAUGCACGCCACUCAUCAAAUCCGGUGAUACCGAUCGAUUGCAGCUCAUGUUUCGACUUUUAGAUCGUGUUACUGAUGGCGUUGAACCGAUGCUUCAUGAUCUAGAAAGUCACAUCGUAAGUGAUGGAUUACAAGAUAUGGUAUCAGCAGCUGAUAUCAUCACAAAUGAUUCGGAAAAAUAUGUUGAGCGAUUGCUUGAACUGUUCCGUCGUUAUAGUGACUUAGUAAAGGAUGCAUUUAAUAAUGAUCCACGAUUUUUAACGGCUCGUGAUAAGGCAUUUAAGACGGUGGUUAACGAUACGACUGUAUUUAAGCUGGAAUUACCAUCGUCAGCGGUGGCACGUACCAAUAAAUCCACAACACCCGAAAGUAAAUGUCCCGAAUUGCUUGCCAACUAUUGCGAUAUGUUAUUGCGAAAGACAGCGCUCAGCAAACGUUUGACCAAUGAACAAAUCGAAAGCAGACUUAAAGAUGUCUUAUUGGUAUUAAAAUAUGUAAACAACAAAGAUGUGUUCAUGCUUUAUCACAAGGCCCAUUUAACUCGACGUUUAAUUCUGGACUCAAGUGCCGAUAGUGAAAAAGAAGAGAAUAUGGUCGAGUGGUUGCGUGAAGUGGGUAUGCCGGCUGAUUAUGUAAAUAAAUUAGCACGAAUGUUUCAAGAUAUUAAGGUUAGCGUUGAUCUCAAUGUUCGUUUCCAUGCAUCGACCGCCCGUCAUGAUGCGAUCAAUAUAAAAAUCCUAAACGCUGGCGCCUGGGCCCAAUGUACUGAACGUGUUUCGGUUAGUUUACCGCUUGAGCUCGAAGAUUAUAUUCCAGAAGUAGAAGAAUUCUAUAAGCGACAACAUGCUGGCCGUAAAUUACAAUGGUAUCACCACAUGAGCAACGGCACGAUAACAUUCACGAAUGAGAUGGGACGUUUCGAUUUGGAUGUGACAACAUUUCAAAUGGCUGUAUUAUUUGCAUGGAAUCAACGGCCUGACGAGAAAAUCUCAUAUGAAAAUCUACGCUUAGCUACCGAAUUGCCCGAUCCCGAAUUACGUCGUACACUUUGGUCAUUGGCCGCAUUUCCAAAACUUAAAAAACAAGUCAUAUUGAUGGAACCACCUGCACAGCAACCGAAAGACUUUACCGAAAAUACUCAAUUUCGUAUUAACGAAGAAUUUGUCAUUGUGAAAAAUGGGAAAAUUCAACGUCGCGGCAAAAUUAACUUAAUUGGUCGUUUACAACUUAGCACGGAACGAUCGCAACAAGAGGACAACCAAUCAAUUGUUCAGCUACGCAUUCUACGAACACAGGAAGCCAUCAUUCGAAUCAUGAAAAUGCGUAAAAAAUUAAACAAUGCCUCACUCCAGGUUGAAUUGAUUGAUAUUCUGAAGAAUAUGUUUUUGCCGUCAAAGAAGAUGAUUAAAGAACAAUUGGAAUGGUUGAUUGAACACAAGUAUAUGCGACGAGAUGACGAUGAUAUCAAUACGUUCAUCUAUGUGGCUUAGGGAUUUUUCAUUUUUCUUUCAACAGCCAAAUUGCGGAUGCAAUUUUCACCCGUUUUUAUUUUAUUUUUCACACAAAAACAAUUUUAUUUGAAGAGAAAACAAAUCGAUAAUUGUUUUCAUAUUAUUUUGCUCUUAAAUUCAUAGAUGCUUGCGAUUCCAUUGUUUUAAUUUUUUUUUUUUGAAUUUUAAAUCAGUUAUGAAAAUAUGUUCCUGUGAAAAAAAGAUGUUACGAUCAAAACCAUUGGAAAGUGGAAGAUUUUUUAAAAAUA